AUGACCACUGUUGGACUCCGGGAGAGAAGACGGCAUGGUAUUUGCACCCUUGAUGUGAAGAACUCUCUAAAAACGAACAAGGGGACUGAUGUAAGAAAGGUGAAGACAGACGAAGAUUUCACGGAAAACAUUGGGCUUCCCCCAGAGCUUCUUGAAGAACAUACCCCUUGGCCCGCCUACGUCACAUAUACCUGCCCAAUGGUGAAAAGACUCAUCAGGAACAGCAAAGCUAGAGAACUGGAAUGCAUGCGAGCUUUUGAGGAAAACCAGCGAGCACUGAAGCAGAAAAAGCCAUCCAGUGUCAUCCAGCUGAAAGGCAAAAAGUCAUCUAAGCUCUCUGGAAAAAUGGUGUUCAGUGACAUGAAGUCUGAGACCAUGCUAUCAUUGUGGAGGGCUUUCUCUCUAUCGACCAUAGGUCCUACCGUUUUGCCAGAACCCAUACACUUUCAUAUGGAUACCAGGGAAGGUCCCACGGAAAACUAUAACAAGAUCAUCUUCCCUCAAAAGCCUAUGAUGAAGAUGCUUCCACACAGCUCCCUUCUGGCCAGCAAGGAAAAACAUUCAAAUGUUUAG